UGUUUAUAUACGAUUCUAAUAAAGAAAUACUAGGUGGUUGGUGGCUGUUUAAGAUUCGUUAGUUUACUCAUAUGACGCAGACAUUGACAUGUUUUUGUUGCAUAUUUGUUUGCUUUACUAUUUAGUUAAUACAAAAUAAGAGCACGUGUUUUCACUUAUGCAAAUAGUUGUGCUAACACUUUACUUUAUAUAUUACAGUGUUGUGUAAUAAAUAGCAUUUUAAGAUGGAUUCGCACGUGACUCAAUGCGCAUGUAGCGCCCAUCGCUCAGCACCAAGCGUUCACCAAACCCUGGAUGAGAUGGAGUUUGAAAGAGGUAUUUGGUCGGCUGCUCUAGAUGGAGAUCUUGAGAAGGUCAGGUCGUUUCUUAGAAAGGGGAUUGAUCCAAAUUUGAGGGACCAGUCACACUACACUGCUUUGCACUAUGCUGGUCGAGCAGGUCACCUGUCUGUGUGCAUGUUACUUCUGGACUGUGGAGCUUGUGUUAAUGCCCAGACCCGUGGUGGAGCAACCCCUCUUCACAGGUCAGCUUACUGUGGUCAUGUUAGAGUGGUCAAGGUGUUGUUAGACCGUGGGGCCGAUCCACACCUGACCGAUGAUGAUGGAACUACGCCACUUCAUAAGGCUGCUGAGCAGAAGCAUCUUGAGGUUUGUGAGCUGUUGGUGAACCGUUUUCCAGUCUUGCGAAGUCAGAAGGAUAAAAGAUCUCACAUUCCUUUUGAUGUCUGCCCGGAACACAACAUGUUUUGGGAGUUUUUGAGACCACCACGACCUGAUCUAACCCACAGUCUAUUAUGUUAAUGCCUUAGGCAUACCCAUAAAAGAGGAAGCUUAUCAAGGCUAUGUUUUUGGACAUUGAGAUCACCUAAGCUUCUCUUGUGAAGUGAGACUUUUGCCUUUAUCGCUGAAUGAGCGAAAGGGCUUAAAGAGAUGGCACAUUCAGCUAGGUGGCUUAUGCUUUAAAAUUUCCUUUGAAUGGAGUGACCAUGUCAUUCAAGGUUUGACUGGUUAGAUGGUGUAACAACAAAAUUCUAUGGAAAAAGCUAAUUUCUAUAAUGGCAGCAACUUAACAACAACAGGGCAGUUGUGGCCUAAUGGUUAGAGAGUCGGACUCAUGACCAGAAGGUUGCCGGUUCGAUUCCCAGGGCCGGCGGGUAACAACUGAGGUGCCCUUGAGCAAGGCACCUUACCCCUACUUGCUCCCCGGGUGCUGUAGUGAUAGCUGCCCACUGCUCCGGGGGUACGUGUGCUCACUACUCUCUGUAUGGGUUAAAUGCAGAGGUCACAUUUCGUUGCCUUGUACAUGUGCAAUGACAAUAAAUUGAAUCUAAAUCUAAAAUCUUAAAGGUUGUCUGGUUCAUUCUGAUUUUAUGAAAAUAAAAAGGCUCUUCAAGUAUGAAAUGGACUUCACCCAAAACUGAAAAUUCUGAAAAAUAACACUGGGUCCCCCUUAAAGCGAUAGUUCACCCAAAAAUGUAAAUUCUCUCAUCAUUUACUCAAAACCUGUAUACAUUUCUUUGUUCUGCUA